CUUAUAUGUAGGAAAUGUGUCAAGUUGCCUGCAAGGUAAGAUCAUUUAUGAAGGUGUGAAUAAUCCUAUCAAAGUAUGUUAGCAAGUAAGUAACAUAUGCGCUUAGCAGUCUGAUAUACCCCGCCAUAGUUAGUUAGUUAGUUAGAGUAUCAGAAGUGUGACAAUCGUCAAUGAGAGAAAGAGAGCCCACCGCACCUGCCGCCGAUAAGAGUUUUUCCAGGCGACACAGUGACAAUAUUUAACCUCCGACGGCAGCUCAUUUGAGUUUCACACGCCGACUAGAGGAGGAGCAGGAGGCGGCGGAGGUGGUGGCCAGAGUCAGCCAGAGUCAGCAUCGAAUCAUCAGCACAGAAGCGCAGCAGAAACCGAAAGGAGCAGAGAAUCGUGGGCGGACACAUGUUGCCAUGUUGACAAGGUCGUGGGUGUGGGAGUGGAGGUGGCUGGUGUGGGUGAUGUGGCUGCUCUGUUUGCUACCUGGGCAGGUGCUGCUCGGCAACGCCGCCUCGGUCACCUGGGGUCAUGUCAACAAAUACGCCAGCGUGCUGCACACCGAAGAUGUUUACCUGGCGCCGGGUGCCACCGGUCGAGAUGUGGCCUACGGCUCGCAGAAUGCCAGCGAUAACUACCGGAUUACGGCCGUGCAUGUGGAGGAUCUCGGCGCGGCUGAAGCGGAGGCGGUUCUCACGGCUGGCGGCAUUGGCCAGCAGUUUGUGGUGCUUCACUGCCGGCGACUUCGGGACUCCGAGGAGCGGCCACAAGCGGCUCAUCUCGAGGUGUCCAUCUACGGAGUGGACCUGUAGGCUGUUGGCUAUAAUCCCAAGCCAUUUGUUGUAAAUAUCAAUUGGAACUUUCAAUGGAGAAGUUUCAGCUGUGCAAGCCACAUGUCUUCCAGUUAUAACAAGCACAAAUAGUAGCUUGAAUUCAUAUAUUUUAAGUAAACAAAUUUCAAAUUCCUUUUACUUGUAACUGUAUGUAAAAUAUGAGUAAGUAGCAGAUAGCUUUAUUUGAAGUACAAACUGAACUGUAUUCAAAGCCAUCUCGAGUGGAAUCGACCUCUUCGGAUUGUUUUCACUUCCUACGACUUACUGUCGCUAUAGUAAUGAUGGGUUUCAGCUUCUUUAUCCGCUCUUUGCGCUGAAAACUUUGUAACUGGCACUGAACAACGUAAUAGUAUUUAAAGUUGAAAGUUGUGAAGUUUGGAUGUCGCUUAAAGGCUGUCGGGUUUUUAUAAUCUCAUGGAAAUGAGGCAGACAACUAUGUAAGUUGGUAACUAUGUAACUAUGCAACUAUUUGCCUUGCUGUGCACCUUAAAAAAAUGCCAUUUUUCCACUGCUUUUCCACCAUUUAAAUUUAUUUAAUUAAAAUGUAAUAAGACCAGCCAGUCGGACGUUAUAAUAAACAUUCACUCAGCACAAAACAUGAAUUGCAAAUCAUGUCUGUGUUUCGCUGCUAUGAGCGAAAUGAGUUGCGAAAUGUGUGCGUAAAUUAAUUGACUUAUUUUAUUGUUCUGUAAACAACAUGUAAAUGUAAAUUAAUCGUAUGUAUGUCCGUGUGUAUGCAGCUCUUUUGUUUGCCAUUCAAAUCAUUCUGUGAAACACUGUGAAAUUUGUGCAGUUAGUAAAUGUAUUUACUCGCCAUAUUUGCUGGCCAUUCAUGGCUCGGAUAAAAAUCGCAAUUGGCAGUAAAACACCGCAAUUGUGUUCGGCUAAUUCAAGUUGACAGUAAUGGUGCUCUUGUGCGGUUGGCAGAUUAAAGAUUGGCCGGAGUUUCCAAAAUUCAUAAGCUCGGUUCAUGACCCCCAAGGAUAAUAAGCAAAGGAGGCAGUGAAAGGAUUUCUUAAGGGAACCUGCGAUAUGGAAUGAAUGGCCAGUAAUUUGCAUGAAUUCCAGGGAAAGGCCGCCUCGAAUUGUAUCCUUCGCUGGCUGGCGGGAAAACCCUUCUCAAGACUUUUUACGUGUGCUCUUAAUUUCGAUUCCCACGACCUGCACAGCACAUAAACAACAGUUUUCCCGGCAUUUUCCCCAUUUUCCACUUAGCUGGCAAAUGCAAAUUUCAUGCAUGCGUUGAUUAAAAUCUAAAUUCUUGUUGCCCUCGGGCCGCAAAUAGAAAUAAACUUUUCGGGCACAAAAAAUCUCCACGAAAGCGAACAAAAGAUGAAGGCGACUUGAAAUAUUAUGUGUGAGCCACAAGGUGUGGAAAUUCCUUUGGCCAACAGAGUUUCCCAAGAGGGAAAAGCACUAAACAACUAGAAACAUUUUGCCUCAACUAAAUCAAGUCAGUUUAGCACAAACAUUUAAGCAAGAAUCGUAUGUAUUCUCGAUUACCUGUUCAAUGAGCUCGCGAACUAAUGAAAUAGAAACCAUUGAACACAAUAUAGCCAUGAUUUUCCGGCUUAAGCCUUUAAUUACCAUUUACCAUAAAAUACCGCCGCUGUUUCACAGCGCGUGCAACACUGCGUAUGAGUAAUGGCUGGUGAAAAGUGCAAUUAAAUUGAUAUUAGUUAGUUAGUUAGCGCGGGCCAGCAAAGUUCAAGGUGGCCACUAAAGCGGUAACGAUUUCGUGGUUAUUAAAAUGAUGCAUAGUAGUAGAGGCCGAUACUAAUGAUAAGCGAAUGGUGUUGAGUUGUACUCAGCUCAACUUACCAUGUAAUUUCAGGUAAUACAAACAGGUAAGAAAACCUCGCCUUGGCCCGCAAUUACAGGCACUAAAAAUUCUUAAUUGCGGUUUGGGCAAUGUGGCAAAGUUCACGCCGAAACCGAAUGUUGCACUUUAACCUUUUCCCUCCAUUUGCGACUGACCACAAGCUGCAAAACAAAAUCAUCGUCGAAAUCAUGCCAAUGCAAAUGGCAUUGAUUUUCGCACUCGGACGCAGAUGGACAGCUAUUCUAGUUGCGAGUAAUCUCGUUGAAAGCCGGCAGGAAAAUCACAUUUCCAGGCCUUCACUUUCGCAAAUCAAGGUUGUGACUAUACAACACUCAACACUCAGCGUUUUUAAAUAUCCAGAAAUUACUAAAAGUAUUAAUAGUGGGAAGUUAUUGUAAAUAAAAUGUGGCUCUGCCUUCACUUCUUUAAAAAAGCCCCACUAAAUC